CACUCACACACGCGCGCCAAAGACUCCCCAAGAUGGCUACCAUGGAAACCGUCUUUGCCAAGUACAGCCAGCGGCAGGCAGUCUUGGAGGCCAGCACCAGCCCGUUUGCCAAGGGCAUUGCCUGGGUAGAGGGCCAGCUAGUGCCGCUUGGCGAGGCGCGUAUCCCUCUGCUGGACCAGGGCUUUAUGCAUAGCGAUCUGACCUACGACGUGCCAUCUGUCUGGGACGGGCGCUUUUUCCGUCUGGACGACCACAUUACGCGGCUGGAGGCCAGCUGCGCCAAGCUACGACUAAAGCUCCCGCUGCCACGCGAGGAGGUUAAGGACAUCCUGGUUGACAUGGUGGCCAAAAGUGGGAUCCGCGACGCCUUUGUCGAGAUCAUUGUCACGCGUGGGCUCAAGGGCGUCCGGGGUUCUAGGCCCGAGGAGCUCUGCAACAACAGCCUGUACAUGUUUGUCCAGCCAUACGUGUGGGUUAUGGAGCCCGAGGUCCAGCCUGUCGGCGGGCGGGCCAUCAUCGCGCGGACAGUUAGGCGCAUCCCGCCAGGCUCUAUCGACCCGACGGUGAAGAACCUGCAGUGGGGCGACCUGGUGCGCGGUCUUUUCGAAGCCAGCGACCGCGGCGCCACCUACCCCUUCCUGACCGAUGGAGACACCAACCUGACCGAGGGCUCUGGCUUCAACGUGGUGCUGGUCAAGGAUGGCGCGCUGUAUACCCCCGACCGCGGCGUGCUGCACGGCGUGACCCGCAAAAGCGUCAUUGACGCCGCCCGCUCCAACAAUAUCCCUGUCCAUGUGCAGCUGGUGCCUGUCAAGAUGGCCUACCAGGCCGACGAGAUCUUCAUGUGCACAACUGCCGGCGGCAUCAUGCCCAUCACCCACCUUGACGACCAGCCUGUCAACGGCGGCAAGGUCGGCCCCAUUACCAAGGCUAUCUGGGAUACCUACUGGGCGAUGCACUACGAGGACGCCUACAGCUUCUUGAUCAAUUAUGACGCAUGA